UCUGUAAACAAGACCCGCAGCUGUUUGUUAUGUUAGCGCUGAUUGGCUAGGCCCGCCCUGACGCUCAAUGGUUGGUCCACACUAACUAAUCACAGCCGGCUUCUUAUUCUGCGUGUUUACAACUGAAAAUACACCAUGGUACAUGACGGAAAUAAAGAUGAAGCUGAAAAAUGCUUCAAUUUAGCCCAGAAAUACUUCCAGGAGGGCAAUAGAGAGAAAGCGAUCAGGUUCACGCAGAAGGCAGAGCGGCUGUACCCUUCCCAGAGGUCCCAAGAAUUUUUGGAAUUACUAAAUAGAUUAAGUGGCACAACUGGUCAUACCCCACAUAGCAAUGGAACGGCUGGAGGCGAGGGGGAUGGUGGUGGUGGGGGUAAAGGUGGAGGGACAGGUAGUGGUGAGAAUGUGCGGCAACGACGAACGGCUGCAACAGGUGAAGAAAGAACGAGUAGCUCAGCAAACACAACUCAGUCUUCUAGCGGCACUGUAGAAUUCACCAAGGAGCAGGUGGAUUCAGUUAAGAGAAUCAUGAGGUGUAAGGAUUACUAUGAGAUUUUAGGUAUUACUAAGGAGGCUACUGACAGUGACCUAAAGAAAGCUUAUCGUAAAUUGGCGCUUCAAUUCCACCCGGAUAAAAACAAGGCACCAGGAGCCAGUGAAGCGUUUAAAGCUGUAGGGAAUGCCUUCGCUGUACUCAGUGACCCAGAAAAGAAGAAACAGUAUGAUCUUUAUGGCCCUGAAGAAUCCAAUUCUCCUAGUCAAAAUAGAAACUCGUAUAAUCACCACGACUUUACGCGUGGAUAUGAAAGUGACAUGACUGCCGAGGAGCUUUUCAACAUGUUCUUUGGGGGUGGGUACCCCGGUGGCAAUGUGUACGUGCGACGUGGAGGUCGAUGGGAGCGAGCUGGAGGUGCGGGUGGUCGGAGUUACAACUCUCAGCGAGGAAACCAACACCAGGCUUCUCAUGCCGAGCAGUCCAACUUAUCCGUGUUCCUGCAGCUGAUGCCGCUACUCCUCAUUCUGCUGUUGUCAUUAGCAUCAUCCCUGUUGUCAUCAGACCCCACCUACUCACUUUCGCCAACCAGUAAAUAUAGUGUUCAGCGUAGUACUACGAACUUAGGAGUGUCAUACUACGUGAAACCAGAUUUUUCUACAGAAUAUCAAGGAAGUAUUCGACGGUUAGAGCAACAUGUAGAAGAAGAUUAUGUUUCGACACUCAGGAAUGCUUGUUUUAAGGAAAAGAAUUAUAAAGAAAAUAUGAUCUGGAGAGCUCGGUCCUUUGGCGAUCCACAGAUGUUUAAGAGAGCCCAGGAACUUCGAACUCCAUCUUGUGACUCACUCCAGAGCCUCUAUAGUUAAGGCUCUGCCUCAAUGGAGCCCAACCAGUUCAGUUUUGGGCAGCACUCCAGCUUAACCCGGUUGGUGAGAUGUUCAACCUCAAACCAACUUAGUCUAGUAAUCAUAUCAUUUAUUAUUGUUAAUUUUUAUUUAUUGAGGACCUUUAGAAAGCCUUAUUUAUUAUGAUGUAUGUUAGAGAACUUGACAUAAUAAGGUAAGAACUUUGAGCAUAAGAUGAUAAUAUGUAUAUAUCUGGUUGUCUGGUAGGGCUUUCUGCCUUGAGUUAUUUUUUUUUAAACUAGUUUAUAAUGCCAGAGAACUUGUUAUUGUUGACAGUUAAAAAGUUUAUUAAUUGCAGAAAUUGUUUAGAAUAAUUUGUAGUUUCAUUUACGUCAUAUGGGAAUGUGAUGAGUAUUGCUUUACUGCUGUCCAGUAUACUUCACUCUUUGGCUCCAAAUGGUCGCACUAUAAUCUCGUAUUUAGGCUAAUCAGAUUAUCGAUGGUGUAGGAUUACUAAAUUGUGAAUGCUCUAGUUAUGCAAAUAUAUUUUGAGGUCCCCUAAUAGCUUUUACUACAAACCCUGUUUUAUUUCAAAUAGAAUGAUUGAUAUAUUUUUUUCUAAAAUGGGCAUUGUGAUAAGGUGAUGCUGUACCCUGCUUUCUUGGCCUCUGCUUACACUUGGAGUUUAUAUAUACUGUACUGUAUUCUCUUGUGCACAGCUGCCUUUUUACCAAAUGUAUCUACAUUCCUCAUACCUGCAUCUUCCUGUCUCACACCUUGUAUCUAAUUUUUGUACAACUGUUUCUACCUGUGUAUGCUUUCCUCGCACCUACAGCUACUUUAUUUGUUUUCACCCCCUACACCUACCUAUCUUAUAAAUACAUAUAUCUGCUUCACCCAAAUUUAACUUAUUACCACCAUAUGACCUCAUUAAGUGGGCUUGGUAUUACAAGAUGAUCCUCUCUCCAUGUUUCAUUUGUUGUAAAAGUGUAUAUAUCUGUGCCAUUUUACUCCCUGUUGUGUCGGGUGGAGACGACGCACCAACACUCUUGUUUUGGUCUCGUUUCUCCUCGGGUUGUUGUUGGUUUUCCUACUGCAAAUUGGCUCAUAUUCCUUGUAAGUUAAGAUGUUGCUCUUGGUCAAUAAUGCAUAAUGAUUAACCCUUUGGCUGCAGUAAAGGACUCUGGUCGAUUCCAGAUAAAUGGUCCUUGAAUAAGAUAAGCAACCCAAGUCCAUGUGCCUAGAAAAUCAUUUUCAAAUUGUAUGAUGCUCAUCCAGGUUCCCUGACCUUCAAAGUAGGCCCAAAGACCUAUUUAGAGUGUGAGCAGUUGGUGGCAGAAUAAAAUAUCGGCUCAUGUGGUAGUGCCAAAAAUUGACACUUAGGCUUCCUUCAAACUCUCACACUAACACCUAUUCCUCCAUUUUUUGUAGACAAUGAAGGUAGUGAUAUGUAUUGAAGCAUAUUAGAGUAGAUUUAUAAGCUUGGAAAGAGCAUUUGUUUUGUAUGUAAAUGUUUUAAUCUUGUUCAAGACUCAUCCAUCAUUCUUUGUUCUAUAAUGAUUAGUAGUAAAUACUCAAAUUAUUCUUUUCCAAUUAGAAAUCGAAAAAGAAAAGAUAAAACAAAGAUCAACAAGAAAAACAACAAAUCAGUAUAAGCAAAACUGCAGAAUUAAUUUGUUGCUCUAAUUUGUGAGAAAAAUACCUAAUAUUCCUUGGCCAGUAUGUCUGUAUAUUUUAUUUAUAAUGAUGUACUAUAAAUGUGAAACACACAGGUUGACUUGAUAACUUGUAUAAAUUAUUAUAUAGCAUAACAAAAAUUCAUGCUUUUAUAUAUUUUUAAAUUACUGUAUCUCAAAAAUAUUUGUAAUAAUUUUUUCAUGGUACAGUAUCUAUGGAAAGAACACAUCUUGUACAUAUUAGAAAUGAAUUCAAAAUUGAGAAACCCAACAAUUAAUGUAGCCUCCACCCCAACAAAAUUCUUUGAUCAAGUUAAUUGGUUUUACGGUAUUUAUAACGAUAAUAUUGUACAGUAUAUGCCGUGGGAACACACACUCGCCCUAAUUUUAGACUGUAUUAUCUACAGUGUAUUAGAAAAUUUGUACAUAAUUACACAACUAGAAGAAGCGUAUGUUUUCUUACAAGAUAUGUAAUUAUAAAGGCGCAUUUUGGAAAAUAGUUUUUUUUUUUUGGCUGCAUUUUGACCGAGAGAUAGUGGGUAAAUGUGGUGUGGCAGCCAAAGGGUUAACACCUGCAGCUACUCUCACUCACCACUUGUAAACUUAAGUGCAUCCUCCUCUUCCUCCUCCUCCUCUUCACCUUGGAAGAUCUCUUACAGAGUGCUAGGUAAGAGAGUGUGAGUGAGUGAGUGAGAGAGAGAGAGAGGAGGAAGGGAGUGAGAGGAGAUUUUUUUAUCAGCUUGGGUAAAUUUAAAUGUGGACAAAAAUCUGUAUAUAUGAGAUGAGUCACAUGUUUUAAUUUAAUUGGUGUCUUCAGUAAGUCUGUAAAAUCUUUUUUUACUUCAUUGAUGGCUAAAGUUGUAUAAUUUCAAAAGAAUAAAGUUUUAUAGAACAUGA